GUUCAGGAACUGGAUCUGAAUAAUGCCGUUGAUUAAAGAGGGUUUUACAACGUGUUCCCAUCAUUCUAAAAUAACAGUUGGAUUAAGACGCAUUUUGUCAUAUCAGGUUAACGAGCUAGAUUAGCUGGAUUAGCAGUUUUGGCUAGUAUGUUCUCGAGCGGUCGUGAUACUAGUUUUACGUGCUUGUAAAGGAGUUAGCUUGUCAUUUUCCCAUUUUCCUUUUGAUCGUAGGUGAUUCUGGUUAGUUAACUACGCUAGCUAUAUCAGUUGACCCAUUAGGUAGUACUAUUGUACAUUUAUCUUCAGCGGAAUUUUAAAAAAAGUAUCUUUCUGUUGAAGAUUAAAUCUGCUUUCUUGCUAUCUUGUUUUUUCAGGGCUAGUUAGCAAGUUUAGCAAGCCUCUUAACACAGGCUCCAGUCUUGUGGAUCGGAAGACGGUUUGGAUUGAAUGAUAUAGCUAGGUUAGGUUAGCGUUUACCUAGUAAUCUUAAAUUACCUUAAAAUGAUAUGUGGAAACAUACAAAUGCCCCGGUCUUUUGUUAGCAAUUUGGGCAUUCGGGAUGGAUAGCUAGCUAACUACGUUUUUAAAAUUUGACCGUCUUUUAGCUAACUAGGUUAGCUAGGUAGUACUUUCGGAAGUUUUAUUUUGUGGCUGGAAACAAUUACAUUUCCGAUAUCAAAAACGACAUGUUAAAAGAAUACAUAGUUUAUGGUUAUAGCUAGAUAAAUGUUGAGGCUGAAACAAGUAUAUGGAUUGGAUCACCAUCAUAAAUAGCUAGCGUUAACAUGUUCACGACAGAAUGGCGAUGUCGCUAGAAAGCAGAAUAUAUUUUAGCUCUUUGAACUUCUUAUCCGUUCAGGUAUGAACAAAGAUUUGCAGGCAGAUCUAUUGCUUUCUAAACCUAAACAGAAAAUGUUCAUCCAAGGGCGUACUUCACUCGGGUCACUACUGGAGCGAUUAGUCAUGAAAGAUUUUAAGAGCCCUACAGUUUUGAAUAUAAUCUCGAAAGUGCUCCAUUCUUCAGAGUAAGACGUGUGUGAGGAAUUAUUUCACAGUGGCAUUAGAAGAAGACUGGCUCUAAUUGUUCUGCUGAGUGGGCUGUGCUGGGAUAGGGUGCAUGGACACUGCGAGGAUGAGUGUGAACGACAAGGGGGCAUACCUGGUGGACCUCGGGAGCAGCUUCACUGAGGAUGCUCCCAGACCUCCAGUGCCAGGUGAGGAAGGUGAGCUAGUGUCCAGCGACGUGCGGCAGUGCUGCCAGAGCUUCUACUCGGUCAAGAGCGAGAGCAUCAAAUGCGAGGCUUCCACGGCCACACCCAGGAGGCCUGACCUGGACCUGGGCUAUGAGCCCGAGGGCAGUGCCUCUCCCACGCCACCCUACCUGAAGUGGGCCGAGUCACUGCACUCACUGCUGGACGACCAGGAUGGCAUCCACUUAUUCCGUACGUUCCUUAAGCAGGAAGAGUGCGCUGAUGUGCUGGACUUCUGGUUCGCCUGCAGUGGGUUCCGAAAGCUGGAGGCCAGUGAGGGCAAUGAGGAGAAGAAGCUCAAGCUGGCGAAGGCCAUCUAUAAGAAGUACAUCCUGGACAACAAUGGCAUUGUGUCACGUCAGAUCAAGCCGGCCACCAAGAGCUUCAUCAAGGACUGCGUCAUGAGGCUGCACAUCGACCCGGCCAUGUUCGACCAAGCGCAGACUGAGAUCCAGGCUGUUAUGGAGGAGAACACCUACCCGCUCUUCCUGAAGUCUGAUGUUUAUUUGGAAUACACCAGGACAGGCGGUGAGAGCCCCAAGCUGUACAGUGACCAGAGCUCUGUGUCAGGAAAUGGCAAGGUGUUGCCGGGCUACCUGCCCACGCUGAAUGAGGAUGAGGAGUGGAGAUGUGAGCAGGAACUCGAGGAACGGCAGCCAGAUAGCAAGUUGACGCCUAGCAACCGGCUCACCCAGAAGCUCCUCUUGGAGACGGCGCCAAAACGUGUCAACAACAGCAAGAGGUACCAGGAUGGCCGCGAGUACAGGCAUGCAUCCUGGAGGGAGACCUUCAACCCAUACUACGUGAACACUGGCUACGCCUUGGCCCCCACCACCAGCGCCAAUGACAGCGAGCAGCAGAGCAUGUCCAGUGAUGCAGACACACUGUCCCUCACAGACAGCAGUGUAGAUGGUGUUCCUCCAUAUAGAUACCGUAAACAGUCCCGACGUGAGAUGCAUGAAAGUGCCAAAGCGAAUGGGCGCGUGCCACUGCCUCAUAUUCCUCGCACGAACCGGAUGCCAAAGGAUAUCCACGUGGAGCCGGAGAAGUUUGCGGCGGAGCUGAUCAGCCGGCUGGAGGUGGUGCAGCGUGAGCGGGAGGCGCAGGAGAAGCUGGAGGAGCGUCUCAAGAGAGUCCGGCUGGAAGAGGAAGGUGAAGACGCAGACAUCUCUUCAGCACCGUCACUGGCCAGCCACCGGCUGCCGCCUGCCGUCCACAUGCCGCACUAUGCCGCACGUUACUCGGAUGUGAGCUACAAUGGGUUGGGCCUGCGUGAUGCGCACGAGGAGAACCCAGAGAGCAUCCUGGACGAGCACGUGCAGCGGGUCAUGAAGACACCUGGCCGCCAGUCUCCCGGCACGGGCCGCCACUCCCCCAAGUCGCGCUCACCCGACGGUCUGCCCUCAGCCAAGAUGCCAGGGAUGGCUGCACCACAGUCAGGCGGCCUGAGCAAGCACCAGGCCCGGCUGGGGCCCAAGGGCGAGACGGCGCAUGUGUACCACCACAAGCACUUGCACCACCCGCACCAUGUCCUCAGCAGCAAGCCCAAAGAGCAGGGUGAGGCCGAGGUGCCGCUCAGGGCCUGGAGCAUGGAGCAGUACCACUAUGGAUCCAAGACACGUAACUACGCUGAUGGAGGGGGUCUUGCUUUCAGCGCUGUGGAUCCCAUGGGUUACGGCAGUAAAGGUGGCACACUGUCAAAGCGACCAUUCAAGAAAGGAGACGACCCGCGGAAUUUUGACAUACGGGAACCCACGCCUCCAGAAGAUCUGGACCGGAACCAGAAGAUCCUGCAGUGGAUGAUGGAGGGCGAGAAGGAGGCAGGCCGCUACAAGAAAAGCCCCUUUGGGAGCCUUUCAGGCUCCAAGAAAGGUCAGAUCCACGAGCCGGGCAGGCCCAGCUCGGUGGAGCGGCCGGGGGCCGUGCACCAAUGGGUGAGCGCACAGCUGCGCAAUAGCGUGCUUCCCUCGCACCCCUUCAUCCAGGACCCCACCAUGCCACCCAACCCUGCGCCCAACCCGCUCACGCAGCUGGAGGAGGCCCGCCGGCGCCUUGAGGAAGAAAAGAAGAAGUCGGCCACGCUGCAGACCAAACCAAGACACAAGGGGCAGAAAAAGCAGCAGUGUGAGAACAUCACUGUGGCCUAUUACUUCUGCGGUGAGCCCAUCCCAUACAGGACCUCGGUCAAGGGGAGAAUUGUCACACUGGGACAGUUCAAGGAGCUACUUACCAAGAAAGGGAGCUACAGGUAUUACUUCAAGAAGGUGAGCGAUGAGUUUGACUGUGGUGUGGUUUUCGAGGAGGUACGUGAAGAUGAUGCCAUACUGCCCAUCUUCGAGGAAAAGAUCAUCGGAAAAGUAGAGAAGAUUGACUGAAGCAGCAGCAGUGGAGCUGGUGGGGGCCGGGUGGGGGGAGCCCGUCUAGUUGGAGGAGUGGCAGGGGGGCGGUGCUGAGAUGGUACCAAGUAUGUGUCAGCUGGAGGUGGCAAAAGAAUGACAGACAGAGAGAAAGAAAGGAGAUAAUAUGAGAGUUAGAGAAAGUGAGAAAGCAUAUGCGUGAGUGAGUCAGAGCACAAUGAGAAGUACGCUAUUGACUCCAAGGCUUCUACCUCUGCACUAAGACCUAAUCAGGUCCCACACAGCUGCUCCAUGCUCUGGGCAUGCAGAGAACCCUUGGACUUGAGAAAGGAGCAAGGCAGCCUACUCUCACCCUUUUGGUAUAUUUCUAACUUUGAAAUGUAAUGUAGCAAUGUAAAGUUUGACUAGACAACAAAAAUAAUUACUAUAAAAUGUUUACUAAAGCUGCAUAUUUUUGAUAUGAUGUAUCAGAAGGAAGGUAUCCUUUCUAAUGUAACAUUGCUUGUAAUUUUAUAUAUACUGGUACCAGAUGUGUACAGACUGUCUGUUUAAAACAACAAAAAAGGAAAAAGUUUUAUAUCUAUUUAAAUAUUUAAAAGAAAAAAGCUAUUGGAUUAAUCAUAAAGCUGUGGCACAGAUUGUCUGAGAUCAUAGUUUUUGCAAAGCUCUUGAGCUCAGGUGGUCAGGAGACUAGGACUCGUAGCCCACACUCUCUCAAGUGCUUUUAACACUUCGGCUCAGCAGUUCUCUACCCAGAGCAGCACCAGCAACAUCCGUCAGCGAAAGCAGGUAGUGCUUCAAAGACGUCUGUGUGCACAUGUGCAGCAAGUGGGGUCCGUCACGGACCAAGUUUGCCGUAGAGAGGCUGUCCCUAAAGUCUCACGUACCAUUAAUUUUCAUCUUCCUCUGGCCUCCGACGUGCGGACCGACCCCGAGAGUGCUUCAAUCAGGCCUUCGAUAUUCGAUACGUGUGACCUUAAGCUAAAAACUCAUCACCAGUUUGUAACAGAACUGUUUUAUUUUUUAACAGAACUAUUUUUUAUCAGGAAUCGGCAUGGGGGGGUUGAACAGGGGUACUCAGCUGUACGAGUACUUGCAUAUCUUUGUGUCGGGGAGCCUAAGCAGCAGCUUGUGCUGCUGUGGCGAUGACGUGAGCCUGCUGGCCAGUGGGGACAUCAGGAAGUGAAUGUGCAUGGAGUUCUGGUGUCUACUCAGAGCCAGUGUCCUCUGUACCAACCAUGUUUACACUUACCUUAACGUAUUACAAAGCGAGGAUGGAAGAGUGAGACAAGUAGCCAUCUAUCUUGAUGUGGCUAAACUUGGUCCCUGACCAGAAUGGAUUCUUGUUUUAUGUAAUUCUACCAUAAAAUGAUAAUACUCGUUAAGAGGUCAUAAAACACCAAAGAACAGUGUACCCUAGGGAUUACAAAUGUUCUGUCCAUUGCUUUUGUCUGUUUUUGUAAUAUUGCCGUCCACUUGGCCUGUUGUACUGAUUUCCCCAGACCGUUUUGCAUCAGAAGGUGGAGCUCUUGCACAGAGAGGGGCUGCGUACAGUCGGGGAAUGGUCAUGGGGAAAACGUGGGCUGACUCUUAUUUUAGCGUUUACCACUGGGAAGAGCAAAAGCACUGUGUGCUGCCGUAAUACCACAGAAACUUUAUGUUGUCCUGGCACCCAUAAGUGGACCUUCUCUGUUAAAAAGUAUUUUAAACCUAUUCUGCGUUUAGUUCACUGUCAUUAGUAAGGUCAGUUAAGAAUUUGUCCUUACCCCUACCUUCCACCAUUGUGUCAGAAGAUAUUAGUCCUGCAUUCGCUAAAAAAAUAAAUAAAAAGGGCACUUCAGCACAGCGGAACUUCUUCCUUUUUUAAAGGUCUGGUCUGAGUCAUUGUAAUUACAGUGUAAUUUUCCAUGUGCUUGGGCUUUUUCAGUGGGGAUGUAGAGAAUCGUAAUUACUGUGAAAAGCCUGCAAGUGAGCUCCUCUCCAUGAGGAUGGAUUAAGUGUAUAUAGUGCAUCACAGAGUGCCUUUCUGAGCGUGCUCACGUCUGCAGUUGCAUCUCCUCCUUUCCUUUUGGCCAGCACCAGGGACUUCAACCACAGCUUUUUAUUUUGUUUCUGUUCAUGUCCAACGCGAAGUGCAUUGGUAGAUAUUGAAUAAGCCUUUUUCUAUGUAAAUAUGUACAUUUUUUUAUAUGUGUCUUCAGCCAGUGACUCGGUUUGGAUAUUUAGUGCCCUGGUUCUGCUUGUGUGCCGAGUUGUACAGUUAUCAUUUUAUGGUACUUUGGACAAUAAAGACAUGUAAUAAAACUAA